ACUUUCUCCGCUUCAUUCAAAUCCUAUUUUUUCUCUCGUUCUGCUUCAUGUUAUUGCUUCCGUAUCUCUCUCUCUCUCUCUACAGAGAUGAGUGUGAACUGAUGCAGCCGCUUUUUGGGACCGUGAACCACCGGUCACGGACAUAGUUGAAUCGGUGUUCUUGUUUCUCUUCACUGUGAGGGAGUUCAGAGAGUAGAAUUUUGUGGAAAUAAGUUCUUUUCUUUUUCCUCUGGAAUGAUCCAAUUGCGGAGACAGAAUCAGAGUUCUCUGUAUCCAAACAUCAAUUGUAGUUAAUUGUUGUUUUGGGUAACUUACGAUUCAUUCAUCCAGAAUAGGUUGGUGUAGCUUGUUUGGUUGGGUUCACCAUUUCCCUUGGCAGUCGAGCUUUUUAAUCGAGAACUGGAAGGGUGUAGUCAACUUGAGGUUGAUUUAGCGUUGAAGGAAACAGAAUGGUGGAAGUUGAGAAUUCUUCACAAAUGACAAUUUCUAUUGCUUCUGGAGAAGCCACCAGUGUAUCUUCUUUUGGCAAUCAAGAGGCGCUACCCUCAGUGCCGCCACCAAAGAAGAAGCGAAACCUUCCUGGAACGCCAGAUCCAGAUGCUGAAGUGGUUGCGUUAUCGCCAAAGACCCUAUUAACUGCAAACCGUUUUGUGUGCGAGAUCUGUAACAAAGGCUUCCAACGCGAUCAAAACCUCCAGCUUCACCGCCGCGGCCAUAACUUACCAUGGAAACUAAAGCAGCGAACCACUAAGGAGCCACGCAAGCGGGUCUACGUGUGCCCAGAACCAACUUGUGUUCACCAUAAUCCAGCUAGAGCUCUGGGAGACCUCACUGGCAUCAAGAAGCACUUUUGCAGAAAGCACGGUGAGAAGAAGUGGAAAUGCGAGAGGUGCUCGAAGAAAUAUGCAGUUCAGUCCGAUUGGAAGGCCCACAUGAAGACUUGUGGCACUCGAGAGUAUAAAUGCGAUUGUGGCACUUUGUUCUCCAGGAGGGAUAGCUUCAUAACGCAUAGAGCGUUCUGUGAUGCAUUGGCGGAGGAGAGUGCAAGGGCACGAACCCUAACGAUUUUGGGUAAGGAGGGGAAUACGAAUGUGAAGAGCGCGGUUGCUUCACCAUCUCCUCCACCUCUUACUCCAUCAACCACUGUGGUUUCUCCGGGUCUGUCAUCAGUUCAAAGCUCAGAAUUAACAGAAAAUCCAGUUGGACUUUCAGCGGCAACGCCAGCAACUACAUGCUUGACUGCCACAGUUACGAGUACCAGCUCCACCAGCUCUAUCAGCAAUGUAUUUGCCAGUGUAUUCGCAUCCUCAUCAAUAGCAGCGGCAAUCUCACAAGCAGCAUCCCAUGCAUCAUCAGCCUUGUUUCCCAGCCUUUUUUGCGCCUUAACUCACUCAGAUUGCCCAACUACAAUACCAACACCUAGAGCCAUAGAACCUCCAUCUCUUUCACUUUCCUCUUCUCUUUAUCUCUCCAGCAAUGCCUCCUCCCUCUUCCCAGACCAAGACCAUCGACACUAUACUCCUCCCCAACUUCCCAUGUCUGCUACCGCGUUGCUUCAAAAAGCAGCACAAAUGGGUGCAACAUCGUCGAACUCAUCAUUUCUCCAUGGCUUGGGAUUGCCAGUAUCUUCUUCUUCAGGUCAAGAUAUCAACGGCAAUCAACGGGAUGUGAAGCCAGAUACAAAUAUUGUGGCAUCUGGGCUCGGCCUCGGACUUCCCUCCGGGGAUGUUAUGAUGGGUGCAUCUCCAUUGUUUGGGAACAAGCCCACCACGCUUGAUCUUCUUGGGCUGGGCAUAGGUGCUGGCUCUGCUUUUCUAAAUUCCUACGGUGGCAGUUUCAAUGUUGGAGCAGCUGCUUCUGCUCCAUAUGGAGGAGGAGGGAGUCCUGAAGAAACAUGGGAUGCUGCAGCGGAGAAAAAGUCAAAUGGUUCAGCCUCGCAUUAGAGAGCUUCACUUUGCCCAAGUAUAUUUGUCACGGGUGAAAAAGUUGAGCUCUCACAUCUCUCUUGCUUUUCGAUCUUUAUACCCUUUUGUUUCUCAGUAGGAAAAGGCCAGAGAAGGUCCAUAAGAGUUGUUUCAAGACGUACCAAGAGUUAUAAUCAAAUAUAUAGAUAUAUGUAUACUCUUUGGGCA